ACGCUUCCAAAUUCUAAAUUCCAAACGGUCUCCACCAUGGAAAAGUCCCCUGGUAAACUAGUGCGAAACGAAUAUUAGAUCGGAAGGAAAACAAAGAUAGGUCGCGACCCGCACUUAGACUUUAAUUAACAAACAAUCUCCUAUCCUCCGCAUUCCUCGCUCUCUCAUUCUCUUCCAUUAAUUAAGAUCUUCCUCUUCGUCCUUCAGCUCCUUCACAAAACACAGAAACAGAUCUCUCUUUCGGCUCCUACACAACAGCAUUUGGGAGCUGUGACUUGUUAAAAGUUGCAGUGCCUUUGGACGAAGGGGAACUAGGAAUAAAAUGAGGUAAAAUGCAUGAUUUUGUUGGCGAUCAUGGAGAAAUUAAACAGUCAUUCAGGAGUGGCUGUCUUGAAGAGUACCUAGAACAGCCAAUGCGUGUCUUCAAGUAAAAACCACAUGCAAGAGCUUAACAACAAACGUGUUCCUCCUCAGAAUUCUGAUUCAAUAAACAGGCAUGAUGCUGAGGUACAUCUUGCUCCUAGGAAGUUGAAAACCAAUGGCAAUCUCAAUUAUUUUGAAGACAGAGAGGAAAUGGAGCUUCAUUCACGAUUAAGAGCACAAAAGGAGGAGAUUCAGAUUCUUCAUGGACAAAUUGCUGCUGCCUGUUUGAGGGAGCUUCAGUUGCUUGAUGAGAAAUAUAUUUUGGAGAGGAAAUUUUCAUACUUAAGAAUGGUCUGUCCAUCUUGUAAAAUAGCAGUUCUCACCUUUUCCUUUGAUGCAGCUAUUGAUGAGAAGCAAACUGAAGCAAUUACUUCUGCUUCAAAUGAGUUGGCUCGCAGAAAAGGUGAUCUGGAAGAAAAUUUACAAUUGACCCAUGAUUUGAAGGUUGUGGAUGAUGAUAGAUAUAUUUUCGUUUCAUCCUUGCUUGGGUUAUUGGCUGAAUAUGGAAUCCGGCCCCAUGUUGUCAAUGCCUCUGCUAUUUCUAACAGUGUAAAGCUCCUGCAUGAUCAAUUGCAGUGGAAGAUUAGAACUUCACAUGAUAUAAUCAGAGAGAUAGCAUCUGUGCUGGGCUCUAAAAAUGGAAGCAGUUCUCAUGAUAUAGACAAUCCUGUUUCUGGCAUCUUGACGGGUCAAACAACUCAUCGAUCCACGGUAUUACUGGGUCACGAUGGGACUUCUGCUUCUAAUCAUCAUAUAGCUGACCGGCAUCUGGAACUGAAUGACAAAGUGCCAAGAUUUGUACAUGAGACAAAUCUUGCUGAUAAAUCAAGUUUAACACUUCAUAAUGGGAUGCACCAGCUAUUAAAUAACAACAAUUUCGCAGAGUUCUCAUUUGAUCCAGACAGGAAGGUAGCUGGCCCUCUUUCCAAUAGUUUAUUUGGAAAAAGUGAUAUGAAUGCGAGAGCAGGAGAGAUGGCCAAUGAUGUGCCCCAUCCUUCCAGCAUGAAUGAUGAGAUUGCUUCCUCUGUUUCAGAUGAUCUCCCUGGCAUUGAUGGUUUCCAGAUUAUUGGUGAUGCUACUCCAGGAGAAAAACUCCUUGGAUGUGGAUUCCCUGUCCGUGGGACUUCUCUUUGCAUGUUUCAGUGGGUUCAUCAUCUUGAGGAUGGCACUAGGCAGUACAUUGAAGGAGCAACAAAUCCAGAAUAUAUUGUCACGGCUGAUGAUGUUGAUAAGUUGAUUGCUGUCGAGUGCAUACCUAUGGAUGACCAAGGCCGCCAGGGGGAACUGGUGAGGCUUUUUGCUAAUGAUCAGAACAAAAUAAAAUGUGACCCAGAUAUGCAACGGGAGAUUGAUACUUAUAUUUCUAAGGGUGAAGCCACAUUUAGUGUUCUAUUGCUGACGGACUCUUCUGAAAAUUGGGAUUCAACAACUCUAGUUUUGCGACGUUCUGGGUACCAAAUUAAGAGCAACGGAAGGGGAAAUGUAGUGAUUGCGGAGAAAUUUUCAAAGGAUUUAUCUAUAAAAAUCCCUGCUGGACUCUCAACACAAUUUGUUUUAACAUGUUCCAAUGGAUCUUCUCAUCCUCUCAGUACAUAUGAUGUUCGAAUGCGAGACACUCUUGUGUUGGCAAUGAGAAUGUUUCAGAGCAAGGCAUUGGAUGACAAGAGAAAAGGUAGAGCUUAGAGCCGUAGAUCCCGUCAUAUUUCAGUAAAAUAUUCCUAGUUAAUAUUCAUUCACACAGAAGACAAGGAGAAUAAAUCUGCAGGGAGGUUUGCUAAUUUAUGCUUGAUUUACUCUACCAAUACUCUUCUAUCUAUUUUCCUUGUGCCUUGUAUUGUGGUUCAAAUCAUUUUUAGACAGUGAAUCACGUGUAUAUGAAGCAUAGAUAUAACAAAUGUAUAACAGUAAAUGUAUGUUUGUCUAGUGUUGUCUCAUGAUUGCCACGCACAUGUAGCAUAAAUUGUCAGGUUGCUACGAUCAAAUUGCUUUCACAAUUUUAUUGUCAGAGUUCAAUGCUAUCUUUUGGUAUAAUUUUCUGCUCU